GCCCGAUUAGGUUGUUGGAGUAUGACGUGUCGCAGUCGCAAUUUUUCGCAGCGUGAUUCGUCGUAACAAAGUAAAACUAAAAUGAAAAAAGGUCGAUGCUUUGAGUUACUUACUAAAGCUUUAGCUUCCACAAGUACGGAAAGCACAAAUAGUACUGCUGUAGAAAAUACAGAGCUAAUUUCACGGUAUCCCUUAAUUAUCGACCAACACCCUUACCAAAUAAGCCAUGAAGAGAAGAGAGGUGAAGAAAUUAACCACGUCUCUACAUCUGACAGUGUUCUUCCGGAUAAAGUCUGCGAUAAUACCACCACUGCAGCUACUAUCAGCAGCAGCUGCAGCAGUUCAACAGCAAGUGACUUUGACUCUGAUGAUUCAGUUUUCGAUAAAGAUUACAUUCCACCACAAACAAAAAACAAAAUUAGUGUUAUCGACUCUGAUUCAGAUAUUGAUUUCAUAGAGAACUCACAACAAAACAACAUUCGCGUAUCCGAAUCACCUGAACGAGAAGAUUUUGAGCCCGAAAAUCAGACUGACCAGGCUUCUGAAAAUGUAAUCCAACUUACCAAGAAAGGAAGUGUACGUAAACGCAAACAUUACGAUACUUCAUUGCGAGAGCGUACUAGAGCUAAGAAAGAGUUAAAGACUAAUACCAAGUAUUGCGUUAAACCAGGUUGUGGCGAAGAAUGUAAAAAAAAGUGUUCUUCAAAUAUAUCUGAAAUCCAGCGAGGUAUUAUAAAUAAGCAGUUUCGUAAUUUCACCUGGAGAGAACAGUACAUAUACAUAAUUAACAACACAUCUCAAACUAUACCGGCCAGGCGAACAAAAAAAAAUCCUAACUCAAAAGUAAUUAACCGAGGAAAAACUAUUACAUAUUUUAUGUUGAAUGAAAAUAAUGAGAAAGUAACGGUGUGCAAGAUUUUUUUUUUGACGACCCUUGGAUUUGAGAAAAAAAACGACAAGGUUCUGCGAAACGCUUUAAAACAAGCGCAAGUACAAGAAAUAACGGAUAUGCGAGGCUGUAAUCCCAACCCUAAAAAGAUCGAUAACAAGCCCAUCAUUGAUCACAUUAAUUCUUUUCAUCCUGCUGUAUCACACUACAGAAGAGUACAUGCACCCAAUCGAAAAUAUUUACCAUCAGAACUAAAUAUUCGUGAUAUGUACAAAGACUUUUGUGAUAAAAUGGGUAUAACUGAGCAGUCCGCUCCCGAAGAUUGUGUAUCUUACGAUCACUACCGACGAGUUAUUAAAGAACUUAAUAUCUCUUUCGCAAAACUAGGCAACGAGGAGUGCGAAAUAUGCGAAAAAUAUAAACUACAUAACCCUGAUUUUAAGGAGAUCCGACAUCGAAAUUGCACCGGAUGUAAGGAAUACGAAUUGCAUCACAGAAGAUACAUUGUAGCACGACAGAAAUACGAUGAAGAUAAAUCUCGUCAAAUGAGUAUGCAAGACCAAACCAGUGACACUAUGUAUUACUCAGUAGACCUAGAAAAGGUUAUAAUGUGCCCUCGUCUAGAUGAAUUCAAGGUUGCUAUAUUUUGCCCAAGAUUGAUAUUGUUUAAUGAGAGUUUCGUACCUCUUGGAGACAAGAAAUUUCGAGGCGCGAGGGACACAUUUGCUUGUAUCUGGCAUGAAGCUAUUGCUGGCAGGAAAAAAGACGACAUCAUAAGCUGUUUCCGAGCUUUUUUUUUGCAAUAUCGUGACGUCAAGCACAUAACAUUGUGGCUUGACAACUGUGCCGCUCAAAACAAAAACUGGGGUCUUUUUUCCUAUUUAUUGUAUCUGAUUAACUCGAGUGAUGUAAAUUUGGAAACUAUCACUCUGAAAUAUUUGGAAGUAGGACACACAUACAUGUCAGCGGAUGAAUUCCAUCAUCAGGUAGAGUUGUCACUCAAAAAGAAGAAAAGAAUAUAUGACUUUGAAGACUUCCAUCACGCGGUUUCAGAUACUCAUCGUAAAAUUACUGUAAAGAAAAUGGUCGUGAGCGACUUUUGUAAAUUUGAAGAUUGCUCUUCUUCAUACAAACUUCAAAAUAUGACACCAAGAGUAUAUCUGAGUAACAUGUGCGAAGUAACUUUUCGAAGGGAAAUUAAUACAAUAGCAUUCAGAACUGAUUUUGAUGGCAUUGAAAGAGAACUGGACUUCUUGAGAGUGAAAAAUAUUAAAAUUGGCAUUCCAAGACCAGCAAUAAAAACUCAAUUCAGAGGAGUUAAUAAAAAGCGAAAAUCUGAUAUAAUCGAUCAGUUACUUUCUCUUAUGCCAGAGAACCGAAGGGCGUUUUGGCGAAAUUUACCAGUGAAUGAUAACUCUGUCGAUUUGAUUAACGAAUAUGAGGAAGAUGUUGACAAAUAGGUACACAAAGCAACGACAGCUCUUUUUCUUUACUACUUACUUGCUAUCUGUUAAGAUUUUUUAGGUAAGACAAUAUUUUUCCAAAAAAGUUAUUUUUGUACUUAUUUUUAAGAUUUGUCCAAGGAUUGAUAAUUGUCU